AAAAGAUAAAAAAAAAAAUAGUAACAGUAGUAGUUUUUAUUAUUCUAUGUAAUUUUUACUUUUAUUGGCUAUAAGGUGACUAAUCAAAUAAUAUAGACUUUUUUUUUACAACAUAAGAGGCUAUUAGCCUAUGAAACUACCGAUUCAGACAACCAAACCGGGGAUAGUGAAUCGACAUAUAGCAUAACUGAAGGAGAAUUCCUCGCACCGUGUGCAACCUUGUCCACCAUUAUAUUUUGUGCCCUUAGAAUAUGUAUGAUCUUGAAGUUAGGGAAGAAAGUCUUACUGCGACAUAAUUUUUCCAUGUGUGUAGCAAACGCUGGCCAUUUUUCAGGUGAUGACACUAUCUUCACCAAUUGAGAACAAUCUGUCACAAAUACUACAUCUGAGAACUACAGAGUCUUCAUACACUCAAUUGCUCAAAUCAGAGCUUCACAUUCCGCAUGCAAAGGUGAUAGGUUUUGUCGAAAAUAUAUUGCCUCCAUCAUUACUUCCUCUGAAUCCAUUUUCCGGCAGUACUAACCCUGUCCAGUGAAAACAUCUUAUUCCCUCUACGUUCUAUCGACAUAACAGACAGUUGAAGAUCCCAUAGUCUGGCAGCUAACAUCUGCCUGAGAAUACCCAUGAUGUUAUUAACCAAGGAGUAAGAUAUAAAGUACUCAACGAUGAAACACAGUAAUUCACCAGAGCAACCUUAGAAAAGAGUAUAUCAUUUAGUAGCAUUGAAUGGUGUGGAAAAAUUUAAAAGCAGAACUAUUAAAGUCCACAGCUGAGAUAAAGAGGAAUGGAAUGAUUCUACACUAUUUGAGAUUUGUGAUUAAUGUACGAUUGAAUUUUAAAUAAAUUGUUUAUAUUUUAAGAUUAAUAGUUAGCUUCUUCUUUUUUUUUUGCUAAAGGAUUCAUAUUUAUCUCAAAAAGUUUCUCUUCCUAUAUAAGGAACCUCACCCCCUGUUGUAUAUUGAACCUCACCCUCCUCGGAAAAUCUUUCUUGAAUUCUUCUCUCAAAGUAUAUCUUUUUUCAUAGAUUUUUUACUCAUCCGUUAAUGUUUCUUUGUUUUCUGCUUUGGUGACUUUCUUGAUAUUCGUUAGAACCCUUGUAAUGUUCUGCACUUACUUUUGAUUUCGUGUGUGCUAACGAGAAUUGUACUUUUUAUUGUUUCUAGAUGUCGAUGCAAAUCUUUGUUAAAUUUUUUACUGGCAAGACCUUAACUCUUGAUGUCGAAAGCUCAGACACCACUUGCAAAGUCAAAGAAAAGAUACAAGAUAAGGAAGGAAUCCCUACAUACCAGCAGAUGCUUGUCUUUGGGAAAAAAAUGCUUGAGGAAUGCCGUCCCUUGGCUAUUUACAAUAUCCAAAACAAUUCAACUCUCCACAUGAUUCUCAGGUUUAGAGGUAUGAGAAUCUUCGUAAAUAAUUUUGAAGGCAAUGCCAUAAUGCUUGAGGUCAAAAGCUCAGACACCAUUGACAACGUCAAGGGAAAGAUACACGAUAAGGAAGGUAUCCCUAACUACCAGCAGAGGCUUGUUUUUGCCGGGAAAAGCCUUGAGGAUGACCGUACGUUGGCUAGUUACAAUAUCCAGAAAGAGUCAACUCUCCACUUGAUUCUCAAAUUUAGGAUGCGAAUCUUCGUAAAUAUGUUUGACAAGACCAGAAUAACUCUUGUCGUCAAACGCUCAGACACCAUUGCCAACCUCAAGGCAAAGAUACAAGAUAAGGAAGGAAUUCCUAUCGAAAAGCAGAGAUUGGUCUUUGCCGGACGUAUUAUGAAGGAUGAUGACUGUACCUUGGCUGAUUACGAUGUCCAAAACGACAACACUUUACACAUGGUUCUCAUGUUGGGAGGAAUUAUGAAAAUCUUCGUUAAGACUCUUACAGGCAAAACCAUAGCCCUUGAGGUCGAAAGCUUAGACACAGUUGACAUGGUCAAGGCCAAGAUCCAAGAUAGAGAGGGAAUCCCUCCGCACCAGCAGAUGUUGUUUUUUGCCGGUAAACAGCUCAAGGAUGGCCGUUUGGUGGAUAACAAGAUCUGGAAGGAGUCAGUCCUUCACGUCCAUCGUUUAAGUGGUGGAAUGCAAAUAUUUGUGAAAACACUCUAUGGAAAAGUCAUUACCUUAGAAGUUGAUAGCUCAGACACAGUUUACAAUCUUAAGAAAAAGAUUCAAGACAAGGAAGGAAUCGCACUAGACCAGCAGAGAAUCAUAUUUGCAACUACACCACUGGAGGAUGGUUACAUGCUUGCAGAUUAUAACAUCCAAAAGGAGUCAACACUUUACCUUGUGCUUAAUUUCCCAUAAAAUAGACUUUAAGCUAUUCGUUUUUUUUCCUUUGUUUUUAAAUUUUUAAAUUGGAUUUUUUCUUACGGGAACGAACUCUAAGUUGUUUUUUCACUGAUCUGAUGAUCACCUAAUUAAGAAUGAUUAAACACACAAAAAUAGAAAAAACCGAGAUACCCCCUUGGUAGGGAAUCAUCCUCGCAAUAUGAGGGAGCCUGAAACUCCGGUGAUAAGGGCGCUUGGAUUGCCGAGCAUGGCAGAGGUGACGAACAACAUGGCUAUUCCUGGACUUUGCGUUUGCUGUUAGUACUUAGUACGGUGCGGUGGUGCUAUUCAAGCGUGUUCUUCAAAGCCAGGCUCUUGCCUUUUAUGCUUUUGCCCGUACUAGGAUUCGGACCCAAACUAUACUAACUCAUAUAUGUAUAUUAUUUUUUUUAAAGCAGUAAUUCAUAGUAUUCAGAACAGAAAUAGAUGAUACUCUCUCUCUUCCUUAAAGAUCUAUUUUUUAGAAAAAAAAUUAUUUCAAAAAGAUACAUUUUUUACAUUUUUAAUACAUUAAUUAAUGAAAAAUUAUACUUUUCAAAAAAUACAAUUGUGUUUAAUAAAAUAUCAUUGGUUAAAAGUUAUUGGAAAUAGUUAAUUAAGAAAAACAAUGUAUUGGAAAAUACAAUUUUAAAUGUUUUUUUAAUAAGUGUGAAAAAAUUAUAACAUGGAUCUUUUAGAAACGGAGGGAGUAUAUGAAAUGAACAUUUUAAAUAUAUAUCAAUAAAGUUAAUAGAUUCGGGCACAGAAAAUUACAUAACCAAUAAGCGAGAUGAAGUAGGUUGUUUCUAAGCUGAUGUUAGAGCAUCAACAACCGUUUGGAUUCUUCAACAUAGUCUCUCAGUUUAUAAUAUUGAUAUUUUAACAAAAUGAAUUAAUUUUUAUUUUUUUCAAAAUAUUACACCACUAACAACAUGACACAUGUAGAAUCAAUACCUUACCUGCUGAACGUCUCUCGUCCAGGUAGUUUCUUCUAUUUUCUCUCUAUCCCACUUUCUCUUUCUUCUUUUAUUAAAUUUUUAAUGAUAAGAGAUUAGGAGAGAUACUUCCACUGCUGAUG